AUGAGCGAUCUAUCGCUGCUCGCCAUUUUGGUGAUUUUGGUCACCGUUGAUGGGGCGGAAGUGGAGCAGACGUGCUCGAAAGCGAAACCAUGCGCACCGGGAGUAAUUCUCUCUGUAUGGCAACCACAAACUGAUCUCCAAGAAUGCACAAUCAUUUUCCGUGCCAUUAUCUACCUCAUCGCUCUCUUCUACAUGUUUUUCGGCGUUUCUAUCGUUGCCGAUCGAUUUAUGGCCGCCAUUGAAGUGAUCACCUCACAGGAACGUGAGAUGAAAAUGAAGAAGAUUACAGGCGAACCGUACACGAUUCUCAUUCGUGUAUGGAAUGAAACUGUGAGCAACUUGACGUUGAUGGCGCUAGGAUCAUCAGCUCCGGAAAUCCUUCUGUCCGUGAUCGAGAUAUUUGGAAAUAAUUUUGAAGCAGGUGACCUCGGCCCAAGUACAAUAGUUGGAUCAGCUGCAUUCAAUUUGUUUAUUAUUAUAGCAAUAUGUAUUUUUGUGAUUCCUUCUGGUGAGAUUCGACGAGUUCAACAUGUGCAUGUGUUUUGGGUUACCGUAUUGUGGUCGACUUUCGCCUAUAUUUGGCUCUAUCUCAUUCUUUGUGUUUUUAGUCCGAACGUCGUAGAGGUGUGGGAAGGUGUUCUCACAUUUAUCUUUUUUCCUCUUACUGUCCUCUCUGCAUACGUGGCCGAUAACUACACGGGGAUCUUUGGUCAUAGGAUCCUUGACAAUCCAAUGCAGAUAUUCUUUGCACGACGUCGAACCCCUCGACGAAGUCCAACGAAAGAGAAAGCGGCAGCAACCGUUGAGAAUGGGAAGGAGGAUCACAGACUGUCACUUAUUCACUCAAACUCGGACGCCGAUGCUAUAGCAUUCGAGGAGCACCGUAAGCAAUACCUGGAAAUUUUCAAGAAUCUUCGAGCACAGCAUCCGGAUGAACCUGUGGAAGAGUUGGAAAAGUUGGCAACAGAGCGAGUGGUUAGCCGACAGAAAAAGAGUCGAGCUUUUUAUCGAAUACAAGCCACACGUCAAUUGGUCGGCCAAGGAGAUAUUACAAAGAAAAAAUUGAAGAAGAAAGCAGAAGAGCUGAUUCAACCGCUUGUUCAAAAGCUUAACAUGGUCGUCGUUCAGUUCGAUCCAGCUCACUACAUGUGUCUUGAAAAUGUGGGCACCAUUAAGGUGAAAGUUCACUGCGAUCGAGGAGCUGCUGAUCCGAACUGUACCGUCACUGUUCAUUACAGGACGGUAGCCGACACAGCUCAGGAGCAUUCAGAUUUCAUACCCGUCGAUGGAAUGUUAACGUUCACACCAGGAGUGGAAGAGCAGGAAAUAGAAAUAGCAAUUGUUGACAAUGAUAUAUACGAAGACGAUGAACAAUUUAUGGUUCGGUUGUCACAGGUCCGUGCCCAUUCACCAUCACAGUUCACACCGGUCCCUGUACGUCUUGGAGCCGCUUCCACAGCUACCGUACUAAUCGUUGACGACGAUCACGCCGGAGCGUUUGGCUUCACCUCAGAAAAAUUCAAAGUGGUUGAAAGCGCCGGAGAAUUCGUUGCCGAGGUGGUUCGAACUCGAGGUGCUCGUGGUGAAGUCUCAAUCCCAUACAAAACUGUGGACGGACAAGCGAAAGCCGGUGAUGAUUACGAGCAUUGCGAAGGCCUACUACGAUUCUCGGAUGAGCAAAUCAAGGCUGAAAUUCGAAUUCCUAUCGUAAACGAUGAUGAAUAUGAAAAAAACGAGGAUUUCUACAUCGAAUUAGGCGAACCGAUUUGGCAUCGAGAAAUUUCGGCUACGGACGAGGGAAUCGAGGGCAAGCCGGUUCUAUCGCUUAGUCGUUGUAAGGUGGUAAUCACCGAGGAUAAAGAAUUCAAAAGUUUCGUGGAUCGUAUGCUCACGAACGCAAACACAUCGAUUAUGGUUGGUACGAGUAGCUGGAAACAACAAUUCAACGAAGCUAUCACCAUAGAAGAAGAUGAGGACGGUAACAUCACCACUAAGGAGAAAAUUAUGCAUUACGUCUCGUUACCUUGGAAGUUACUAUUCGCCCUAAUCCCUCCAACGGAUUACUACAAUGGAUGGCUUUGUUUCGUAGUUGCAAUCUUUAUGAUUGGUUUACUAACUGCAAUCAUUGGUGAUUUGGCAUCACAUUUUGGUUGUACGGUAGGAAUGAAGGAUACAGUAACUGCAAUCUCACUUGUUGCAAUGGGAACUAGUGUACCAGAUACAUUUGCUUCGAAAACGGCUGCCAUUCAGGAUAAAUGGGCUGAUAGUUCCAUAGGUAACGUAACCGGAUCGAAUGCAGUGAAUGUCUUUUUGGGUAUUGGUAUUGCGUGGGCGAUUGCAGCAUGUUACCAUGCAUGGAAUGGAACAGAAUUCAGAGUUAAUGCCGGUUCAUUGGCAUUUUCUGUUACAAUGUUCAUAAUAGGAUCGGUAAUCUGUAUUGCUGUUAUGCAAUUCCGAAGAUAUAAUAAAAAGAUCGCUGGAGAGUUAGGUGGUCCACUAUCCACAAAAUACCUCUGCUCAGCGAUAUUCCUGCUCGUAUGGAUUUCAUAUCUUACACUUAGCACAUUGGAGGCAUACUGUAUUAUUCCCGGAUUUUAG